AUGGAGCCAAUGAAGUUUGUACCUGUGGCAAAACUGUGGUCUGAAAACACCAGUGCGUCUCUGCCAUCAGAGUCUCUGAUCUCUGCAGAAUGGGAGAUGGUCCAAACCAUCAUCCCCCCAUACAUUUUCACCAUAUCUCUGUUAGGUCUUAUCUUUAACAGCUUUGUCUUGGCAGUGUUCCUCGCCCACAAGGACCGACUGACUGUAGCCGAGAUCUACCUGGGCAACCUGGCACUGGCUGACUUUAUUCUCCUAUGUGGCCUCCCCUUCUGGGCGAUGAACAUCCUCAACGACUUUAAUUGGCCAUACGGAGACGCUUUAUGCAAAAUGGUCAACUCCAUCAUUAUCAUCAAUUUCUACACCAGCAUCUACACCCUGGUCAUGAUUAGUAUUGACCGCUACCUGGCACUUGUGAAGACCAUAAAGGCCAGGUGGCUGAGACGGACACUUUAUGCCAAAGUGAUCUGCUUGAUCCUGUGGAUACUAGGGAUCUUACUGAGCACGACAACAAUGGUUCACAGAAAGGUGAAGUUCUUUAAGGAUUACGACACAAUGUCCUGUAUACUUGAUUAUAGCCAUUACAGCUCUUGGAAGUUGGCCCAUCAGAUUCAGAUGAACGUGUUGGGCUUUGUACUCCCUGUUCUGGUCAUUGUUUUCAGCAGUCGAAACAUAAUCAAGGCUAUAGCACAGAGGGGUGAGCGUGUAGGUUUUCAUGACAUUAAUGACACAAAGGCCACAGUGCUGGUGUAUGCUGUCACACUACUAUUUUUACUGUGUUGGGGUCCUUUCCAAGUAUUCACUUUCCUCGACACACUCUGUGAUUUGCACGUGUUGGAUGAGGCGCUGUGGUCCCACACGCUCAAUAUAGGAAGCCAGGUUUCAGCGUAUCUAGCCUUUCUCAACAGUGCUCUGAACCCACUGUUGUAUGUCUUCUCAGGGCAGUACUUUAGGAGGAAAGUUAGCGCCAUCUACAGGAGGACGAAACAUCACCGCAUAGGGUCAGAUGUGACAACAUAUCAACGCUCUGUUGUGUCCACUUACAUCAACAGAACAGAGCAGAUUAAGCCUGUGGUCAUUUUUAAUGCAAAAGAUCAGAUGUGACUCUUCCUGACAUCUUGACCACAACUUCCAUCGCUUCUUAUGGAAGUGAUACAAUAUACAGGAUGUGAGCCUCAAAUUGUUAUUUCUUGUCUUCUAACACAAUAAUAAUUCUGUUAUACGGUUAUACAGCACUAU